CUUUUAAUGUGUUUGCUCGAAACUGAACUGGUCUUUCUCGAAACUGGUCGCCUUUAGAGCAUGGCUUUGGGAAUAGAGUCUAGAGUCAUUGAAAACUUCGUUGGAGUUGCACUGGACUUGGGAAGCACACAAUGGGAGGCUCCCGCUCGGAUUCCGGAUCGUUGCUCAAGCGCUUUCGUCGAAUCACGUUCCUCGUCACUCCCGUUAACUAACCGACUCCUCGGCAACGUCGAUUGCCGGCGGUGCGUUAUGGAGAACGCACAGACUCAGACUCAUCCCGCUUGGUGUGGCAUCUAUGGUGUUGGGAUCAUUUUCUUUUUGGUUCUUUAUGGAAUCUUUCAAGAAGGAAUCAUGACAGUGCCCUACGACGGUGUCCUCUUCAAGUAUUCAGUCUUCUUGGUGCUAUGCAAUCGCUUGGCGGCUGUGAUAUUUGGCUUGGCAAUGGCAGUAGCGAAAGGCGAGAAGUUGACAAACCAGGCACCACUCUGGAAGUACUUGAUCGUGUCUUUGUCCAAUGUUUAUGCAAGCACCUGCCAAUAUGAGGCCUUGAAAUAUGUGUCGUUUGCAGUGCAGAUGCUGGGCAAAAGCUUCAAGAUGAUGCCAGUGAUGAUUUGGGGCAUGAUCAUCUCAGGAAAAUCUUAUGGCUUACGUGACUGGGGCGUGGCUCUUGCGGUCACACUCGGGUGCACAGAAUUCUUGAUGACCGGACCCACGAAUUCCAAAGUGGACUCUGGGAACAGCAUGUGGGGCUUUGUGCUCUUGGGUGGGUUUUUAGCACUGGAUGGAUUAACAUCUACUUUCCAGGAGAAGCUCUUCAAGGAACACCAGACCACGAAGUACAACCAGAUGGUCUACAUCAACAGCUUGUCAGCCACCGUCUCUACCAUGACCCUUUUGGUCACAGGUGAUUUGAUGCCGGCCAUUGGCUUCGGUUUGGCACAUCCCAAGUUUUUACUGGACAGCACCUUGUUGAGUGGCUCCGCUGUCGCCAGCCAGUGGUGCAUCUAUUCCCAAGUGAAAGAGUUCGGAGCCUUGGUUUUCGCGGCCACCAUGAAUGUGCGCCAAGUGGUGUCCAUCCUUGUGUCCUAUGUGAAGUAUCACAACCCAGUGACCGGGCUUCAGAUUGUGGGCUUGGUGAUCAUUUUUGCGGCCCUGUCGUGGAAAUCGCUGUCAGGGCUUCUGAAGGCGCAAGACCCAGAGAAGAAACCGCUCAUGGAUGCAGAAAAGCCAACUGCCAUGGACAAGAAGGUUUGAGAUGGUUUGAGUAUGUUUGCCUUGCGCGUACAAAGAUCGCGAUCCGCGAUCCUAGUCUGACCUAUUUUCUUUGCAGCGAACAAGUGCCUGAGCUGCGUGAAAGUGCGGGUGGCGGAGCACUGAGUUGCACAGCAUGUUUCAGUAAGAGACUACGAAGCUUUGUGUCCAACCCUUUUGUUGUUCAUUUGUUCCAGCGAGGAUCAACAUUGUAUGAUGCAGUUCGUGACCGGUCACAAAGUAUGGAGAUUCAAACAUGAAUGAAC